AUGGGCUGGCCGUACCACUUCCUCGAUUUGGACGCGGAGCAGAAGCAUGCGCGCCGCCAGGCCCUCGACCGAUACGCUGCUUGCGCCCAGCUCUCCGCCCUGGUCCCCAUUGCCGUUUUUCUGCUUUACCGCUUCGGCUCCUGGCUCGUCGGAUUGGCCCUCACGGAAGGUGGCGGGGACUACGCGGUCGUCCCGCACUCGCCGGCACUGAAGCGCCGACGACAAUCGUGCCUCGGCUCUCUGGCCGGAGCGUCGCGGAGAGUCGCUUGGUGGCUCGGCGACGACGUCGUAUUCCUGGGCACGAGGUGGGGUCAGCGGGACCAGAUCAUCGUUGGAAUCUGCUGGGCCGCCUGGCUUCUUUUCCUGUGCGUCAUCGGGACUGGCGAUGACUACAUGCACUUGACGAAGCGGUUCGGGAUAGUCGCCCUCUCGCAGUUCCCGCUCCAGUAUUUGUUGGCUCUCAAGAGCAUCAACCCGAUAGCGCUCGCUUUCAGGUCCUCUCACGAGCAGGUCAAUCGGUGGCACCGUGUCCUCGGCUGGGUCAUAUACUUCCUGCUCCUGUUGCACGCGAGCUUUUAUCUGAACUUUUACGUCCAAUAUGGCGUCGUAAUCGAGCGGCUCACUCGUCUCAUCCCGGCCCUCGGCCUCACUUCGAUCAUCGGCAUGACUCUGAUGAACACCACAGCUCUCCGUGCACUCCGGCAAUACUCCUACCGAAUCUUUUUCAUCACACACAUCUUGGUAGCGUUCAUGCUCCCGCCGAUGAUCUUCUUCCAUUCCCACCACGGAGGCCGGCAGUAUGUGGUGGAGGCUCUCCUCGUCCUUACCGCCGACCUCGUCAAGCGCAAGAUUGACACCGUCACUGUGCCUGCGACCCUCGAGUUUAUUCCCGGCACGAGCCUGAUGAAGAUCGUAGUCAAUAUCCCCUCCCCAAAGCUCAGCCGCUUCCGGAAGUACCCUGGAAUGCACGUCUACCUGAGCAUCCCAUACGCCUCCCGCCGCAGCUCCGGCGUCUCCGUAGCCAACUUUGCUCUCCUGGAAUUUUCGUUCAAUCCGUUUACCAUCGCAUCCCUCGACGAGGAGUCGGGUGAUCUGACGCUAGUUGCGCGGCGUCAGAAGGGACUCAUGACCAAGACGCUGGCCCGGCUUGUGGGAAACGAUGCCGGCGGUGCCAAGAUACCCCUCUCCAUCGAAGGCCCCUACGGAUGCGCAACCCAAUUCCCGAACUUGACCGGCGCAGAGUUCCAGCGAAUUCUCCUGGUAGCCGGUGGAGUCGGCGCUACCUUCAUUCUGCCGCUGUACCGGUACGUAUCCCGAUUAAUCUCCAACGAAAAUCCGGCAGCACGAGUGCAGAUGGUAUGGGCCGUACGCAAAGCUGGCGAUGCUACAUGGCCGGUAUCGGGCACCGCAGGAAGCAUCCUGGAUGACGAGAACCUCAAUAUCUUCCUGACCGGCGACGUCUUCGCAACCGCUGACGAAACCACAGUCCCAGACGAUGAAGACGAUGAAGGUAUAGAGUUGACCAGAAGCGUUCACGAUAACCUCGACCAGGAUACCUUUAAUAGAAAGCGGCCUGAUCUGGAAAAGGUCGUCGACGACUUUUUCAGGCAAGGACUCGAGGAUCGCGUCGCUGUAUUGGUAUGCGGGCCGGAGGCGAUGGCGCGUGAGUUGAGGGGCUUCGUCGGAGCCUGGGUGGAGAAGGGCAGAGACGUUUGGUGGCACAAUGAAAGCUUCGCGUGGUGA